CCGCCUUGAGCAGUUCAGUUAAUGACAUUUCUAAGGGUUGAGAGUUUGCGGUUAUGUUUUUAAUGUUUUUCGGUUUUUUUUUUCAUUUUCGUCCUAAUUAUCCCUUAGAGUGUUCCAAAAUAGCCUGCUUUCAAAGUGUCCUCUAUAGGUAUAUUGUUAGAGAGUAACAACAACUUUUUUCUGCAACUUUAAUUAACUUUCUGUUAUCUUAAAAGUAGGCAGUAGAGCUGGAAAUUUCGGGUUUUUUUUCAAAAUUUGACCAGACAACACUUGGAAAUUACAUUAAAUGUUGCGUCUGCCCCCAUAGGACGUUGCCAGACAUAAUGGCCUUUACGAGGGAACUCAAAGAGGCGCAAGCUUCUCUUCGAGGCAAAAUAACCGAGCGGCGAAAAGCCUUGGAAACCCUCAUAGCUCUCCUGAAGAAUGAAGAAGUUAUCGCUUGUAUAGAUGAAGACAAUCACAUCACGUGGAAAGCGCUACUAGAGAGCAUUCAGACCUGCUUGAAGACAGAAUGCGACCGGAUAGCGGGUCUAAUUGCCAAGAAAGGACCCUUGAAAAGCCCCGAUAAAAACGUCGAGCUUUCCAUUGAACUGGUGGCGUUGGUUGCGAAAAUUGCGCUCCCUAAAGAAGCAGAAAUAAGCAUUUCCAGCUUCAUCAGCUACAUUGAAGCAUGCUUGCGCGACCGAACAAUGCGAUGCUGCAAAGACACGUUUCUUCGCAUGAUUAAGGACUACAUUCUAUCCAGUAAAGACUGUUUGGGCGCUUUGGAGCCGGAAGAUUUUGUAUUGCUUUUUGAGAUCCUGCGAACCGAGCUGAAUCAAACGAGUUCUGAGUCGAAAAAUCUGAUUGUCUUUAGCAGUUUUGCGCUGCUGGUGAGGUUUGGGCCUUUGGUCGCAUUUCCAGCCAAUUUUCUUCGGGAUCAGUUUGCGUUUGUCGCCAAAUUGGGCCAAUCGGUCACGCUAAACGACUCACGAAUUUUGCAGGAAGAUGCAAUCGAUAUUGUUCUGCAUUUUUGCCAACAUACUGCGGAAGAUAAUCGGUUAUCGUGCAUCAAAUUAGGGGAAGAAAUUGUUCCGAAGUUCGCCAAUCUGUAUGAUUCUUGUAGACCGGACGCGCUGAAGGUGAAACUCAUCGAAUUCUUCCUGCUUCAAUUGGUCCUGCAUAAUCCGAAUGGAGUGUUGGAAAACGACAGUCAAGCCCUGGCAAAUAAAUGGACCACUUGGAAGUCCUGCAUAAUAAAAAUCUACCAUUUGCUGCUGGCGGAAAUCCAUCAAUAUCUGCGACAGCCAGUGAAGAAUACGCAAUUCUUUACAUGCACUGAAGAUAACACUGUGAUAAAGGAUAGUUUUGCGUUGUUGUUUGUGGAAACUUGCAACCAGUUGUUUAGUUACACGGAGCUUCCUGCCUACUUAUGUGAGGAUUUCCAGCCGGAAAAGCGGAAGCGAAUAGAAGUUUCCCUAGAGACUUUCAUUGCGAAAAUUCAGGACACCAACAGUUGGGUUUGGGUGAAGCUCGUCGGGGCUCUUCUGCAAAAAUACCCUCAGCUGAUCGAUAGAGCGCUGUUUUUCCAGCUUCUGCAAGUUUUGCAUACCAAGCAGUUGGAAGUUAGAGACAACAACACCAUUCGGUGCAUCUAUGAAAUGCAGGCUAUUCUUCUGGAUAUCGAAGAAAGGCUGGAAGCGAGCGACCAAAAGGAAACCUUAAAUUUAUGGACGUUGGUCGGCGAUUCAACUUUAAGGGCAGUUGGUUUGAACCAUCACAUCAAAGAGACCCAACAUCUGCUCAGAAAGCUGAUCUGCCGACAAAUCAUUAAGGUGGAAUCUGUGAUACAAACCUACACUUCGGGAGUGUUAAUCACCACUGAACAUCACUUGGCCACUCUUCAGCUGGUGCUGGAGUUUACCAACCCUUCGCAGUUGCCAUUAUCCAGAAAACAGGAGCUGGUUAACAGUCUGCUGAAUGUGCCAAAUAUAAAGAACUUUAGAUGUCUGUUGAAGAGGAACUUUGCGGAAGUGCUAGUCGGUUUAACUCUAAAACACUGUCCGGACUAUGAAAGGGAGGAAGCGAGCGCACAAGACGGUUCGAUGUGCGUUUAUGGAACACUGGCGGCGCUUUUUGCUAAAAGCACCUUCAACCUGGAGCAGAUUCUGAUCAGGGCGCCCGCCCUGAAAGCGCCCACUAAGAGGAGCUUUAAUACCGACAGCGCCGCACUGGAGAUUCUUCUGAAGAAACUCAACGCUUUCGUCGAUAGUGUUUAUUCGGAAUCAACCGAUAAACUCUUUUGCGCUGUGGGACUUCUCUACAACGUCGCCAGCUGCAUGAUUGACUAUCAAGUGCUCCAAGAAGAUCAGCUGCAAACCAGCACGGUCUUCAGCUUGAUUAACCGCGUUUUAAGCAAUGAGAACACGCAGUCUUUUCAAAGGUUCCAGGUGCACAGCGGCAGCGCCCUUAAACAGCUUCAAGCAAUCGCUCUAAUUCUGGACGACGUGUUCUCGAUCAACAACAGUGUCACCCAACAGGUUAAGGAGCUGUUUUCCUUCAACUUUCUUAAGGAAAUCCUGCAGGUUCUUCAGUUUUUCCAGGAGGAUUCCCCGAAAAAAGCCGAUACCGCCCACAAAGUGAAGAAACUACUAGUCGGCGCUCUAUCCAAGUAUUGCCUGGUGUCGAAUUCGGUGGAAACCGCCGAACACCAGCCGCAUAUUGCGGAAAUAUUAGCCGACCAAGACUACGACUUUAAGAACGACAGCCAUUGCGAAAUGAGCGUGGUUUUCCUGCAAAAUGUGAAACUGGCACCACCAGGAGUGUUGUCCGAGGACAUCAUUCGCAAAAUUCUUGAGUGUCUGCAGGGGCUUUGCCGAGCAACCUACCGACACCACGAAAGUGCGGUCACAAUUCUCAAUAUCCUCGCAGGUCUUUUUCAACACUUGCAACAUGCCAGCGCAGACCUGAAAAGCGCCGCAGUUAAUGUGCUUUAUACGUUUUAUCUUCGCCAGUCGUAUUAUGGGCCCGAUGUUCUCAUAGCACUGCUGGAUGCCAUUGAAGAGCUUUGCACGAUGGACGUAGACUGUUGCAGCUCUCAAUGGGAUGGCAAUCCAGUGAUCAAGCACGUUCCUGACUUUUUGUCCAGCAACUUCCAAAGAGUUCGCUAUAGAGCUGUCGCUCUAUUGGUGAACUACUUGAAAAUCUCGGCUGGGACCACGCGACUUUCCACCAUUCAUCUAUCCGAGGAACUUUUCAGCUUAAUUUAUGAGCGGAAUAGUCAAGUGUUUGAAGUCACGGACAGUUUGAGCGAGGAAAGACUUCAAGAAGAAAUCGCUGGUCGCGCGUCCUCCGCUUUGUACACUUUUUUGGCCAUUAUUGUCAACUGCAAUAACUGGAUUGAGGAGUCAGUGCUGGCGAUUAUCAGGUUGGAGCACUCCAAAGGUCUGGGCAGGCUUUUCAAUGGAGAGUUAAUAGCCAAAGUGCUGAAAACCCUACAGGAGCAUUUCGGGUCAGAUGACUUUGUAAAAACCUACAUGGACCGCAUUCUGAGCAACUGGCUCGAGCUUGGCUACAAGAUCGACGAUUUCCAGUUCAGAAUGUUGGGGUGUUCGGAUAAAGCCGAGCUUUAUGCCAAACAUCUCCAUGUUUGCUUGCCGUUGCUGCUUCAGAAGGACCAGCACGAUCUUUUUGCUGCGGCGAAACUGCUGGGAAUGACCGAAACUGACGCUUUGGAGCAAUGUUGUACAACAGUCUUCGGGCGUGUUAUUGCCAGCGACCCCAGAAAUCUUGCGGGAGAUUUUCUAGACUCGAACGCCCAACUGUCCUUCAUAGCUCGAGCGCUGGGUGGCAAAUUUCAGGAAAUUCUGGUAGAGAACAUCGAUCAAGUGGUGCUGAGCUUGGUCGAAGGAAUUGCCGAUGAAAAGGCCAUUCAACAGAGUUUUGGUGAAACGGUGUUUUUCACUUGCAAGGGGAUUUCGUUGGCGGAUUUUCGGUUGUGCUUGCAAUUUAUUGAGACGUUCCUGUGCGAUGGCAAGCCUUUAAUAAAGUGUCUAAGCGAGAACAAACUGCACAAAAUCCAAAAAAUCAUGCUGGAGCUGCAAUGCCGAAUUUAUAAUGGCACAUCGAUCGAUCAGCAGUUGAAAAACUUCCACCAGUACACGGUUUUCAUUGGCUUGAUUCUAGAAGACCUGAGCAAAGAGUGCAGCUUCUUGAUGUUCUUCCUAAGAGACUCUGUGCAUUUCCUGGUUAAUUUGCUCAACAAUCGGAUAGGAAAGGAAGGUUUGAAGCUCUGCAAAUCGGUGUUAAGAUUUAUGAUGACUUUCUUGUGCCGCGUGCUCCAAGGGUGCGCAGGCGAGUUUAAAAAGUUCUUUGUGUUCACGGCGAAUUCGCUGAAGAACAUCGGAAUGGAAAACGAUAAUUUAUCGCCAAUCUGCGUAGAAAUUUUAGAGUUUCUCAUUAUUGACAACGAAGAGCAUUUUCAGGAUGUCGCAUCCAAACUGGAUGCUUUUCCGUUAACCGCAAAGUUUAUAAACCUGCAGCAAAAGCAGUGUGUGGAUCGAACGGUGUCUCUGGAGGACGAAAUCCGGGCGUUUCUUGACUACAACGACUUGACCAUCAGACAGGACAGUCUGGUGCAUCUGAAGAAACUUCUGGGCAAAGAAAAGGAACAGUUGCGGCACCUGUACGAUGAACUAAGUAAAGUGAGAGGCUUUUCUGAAGAUUGUGAGCAGAGCCUUCUUCACAGGCUCACGACGAUGCUGAUCAAAAUCAGCUGCCAGCGUAGCGAGAUCAGUAAUGAAGCGCUGAAAUGUCUGGGCGAACUUGGCCCGGCCAACUUAACAACCAUCGUUUUGGAGCCGGAAAAACGGGUGCUGAACAUCAAGUGCACCCCAUUUGAACUGCUAACUGGCCAUGUGGUUUCGAUGCUGGCCCAAUCCAUUAUAGAUCCAGAUAUCAAAGUGGUGCGAGCGGCCAGUGAGGCUUUGCAUGAGGUUCUGGGGUUCAAAGAGGGCAAACAAGUCGUGGGUUCUUCAGAAGACUUCGGCUAUGGACCGAUUGAGGCCAGUUUCAUCAGGCCAUUUCUCAAUCGCGCCAAAUCUGGUGCUUCGCAAGUGAGGAUGGCGGAAGACAAAGUCAGGGAGCUUGUGAACCAUGAAAGCACUUGGUGUGCGACGGGAAUAUCAGGAAACCAGUGGGUGACUUCGUUAGUGUUGGCUUUAUUGAGCAGCUUUGAACAUGGGUGUUACCUGAAGAAGCUCAUCGAUCUGUGCAGUGUCAAGGCAAAGUUCUGCGAAAAUUUGCUGCCAUUGCUCAUCUACUUGAUCCUUUAUUUGGACAACGACUUUGUCACUUGCGUGCUCUCAAAGCGGAUCAAUGAGUUUUUCAACCAGCACUGGAUUUGCACGGUUUCCACUCCCACCAAAGAUGAUGCGAUAGUAGUCAAUAAGAAGUCCGUUAAGUGUUUGCUGGACGUUAUCAAUUUUAUACGCCAACAGCCGAGCCUUCCCAACAAGUUCGAGGAACUGAAGUUGGACUAUCUGAAAAUCGCCAAGGCGGCAGCAUUUUGUUCGGCCCAUUUCUCAGCGUUGCUUUAUGCCGAGUUGUGGUGUCGGGAGAAAAUGGUCCACAUGGAAACGCAACGAACAGCGCCGAAAAAUCGGGCAGCAUUUGAAAACGAGCACACUUUUCUGGAUCAAAUUCUGGAGAACGUGUCAGAGGAGGAAAGGAUUACGUUCCAACAGAUUAUGCAAAAUUCCUACAAAUCCAUUGGCGAUUUGGACGCCCUGUCCGGAUGUGGAGUCUCAUUACUGUUGCGUGCAGAACAUCAAGUGGAAUAUUACCAGAACACUGGCCAAUGGGCGCGAGCCACGGACUAUUACAUCAUGCACUCCAUCCACGACCAAAAUCUCAAUAUAGACAACUUACUAAUGAGCUUCAAAAUGAACCAUCUGUACCAGAUGCCUCUGCUUUGCGAGAGCUUGUGCAGGGAGCCAGAUUAUGAGUGUUUGUGGCGACUCGGCCAGUGGAAAAUGAGCAAAAUUGACCACAUAAAGCCUCAGAAGAUAGAAUAUCGGGACUAUGAAAAAUACAAAUUCAACUGCCUGAAAGCGGUUUGCGACAACGAUGAGUACACAUUCUCAGCAGCCAAACAGCAGAUGAGCAAAUGCAUUGUAGACAAGCUGAAGCACACGAGUUUGGAAAGCAGCAAAAGCUUGUAUCCGAUUCUGUCUCAAAUGCAGUCGUUGAUUGAAGUCGAAGACUGUUUUCAGCUCUUCGAGGGAACAAAUGUCGAUAAAAUCCUGACCAAGUGGAGAUUGCAGGACCUGAUUAUUAGGAAAAACGACUUUCAGUUCGUCGAACCGAUUGCUGCGCAGCGAAUCACGCUUCUUAGGGAACUGUCCCGGCAGCAGCCUCUUUUGCGGACAGUUUACUGUGAGAUGGUUUUAAACUUUGUAGAUUAUGCUAAAGAGGAAUGCCACAUUAAAGUGGCCGAAAAUGCCCUGAUUGACAUACAGAAAAUACCCGAUUUAGAUCGCUCGAUUGAAAGCGAAUUGCAGUUGAGAAUUGUGCAACUCCGAUGGCUGAAUGGGGACAAAAUGAUCGCCCAUCAACUCCUAAGGAACAUUUCCUUAUCCGCCGAAAUCACCCCAAGACUGAAAGCCAAAAGCUUGAUGCUGCAGGGCAUCUAUAUGGCCGAAACGUACUCAGAUAGAGCCCCGAUUCUGAACCGCUUCGAGUCCUCAUUGCAGAUAUAUGAGCAAAUGCCCAUUGAGGAUCGGACUAAGGAGGACUUGGACAAUUUGGAGGACAACUACGAUAUAUUUGCCACAUUUGCCGAUCGGGAAUACCAGCAAAUAAUGGCCCAUAUAAAGUCCGAUCUGUUUCAAAAGAAGCUUUCCAAUAUCAAGUCCUGUAAGGAAAUGGCCAAUGCGUUGCAGCGGCAGAAGCAAAAAACCGACGACGAAAAAAAAGCGGGAGUCAUAAACGAAAGACAGAUCAGUAUCGAUGAAAACGAAAUCAAAGCUGCCUUUAGGGACAAGCAGCUUGUGUUGCAAAUCGCGCUCAAACAUUACAUCAACAAUCUAGUGGCGAGUGAUAAGAACAAUAUAAAAAUUUUCCGAGUGAUGGCACUGUUCAUCGAAAAUAAGGAUAACAAAAGUGUGAUCGAAACGCUGCAGCAGAUGAUACCGAAAAUGUCCAGCUACAAGUAUAUUCCGAUGUUGCCGCAGCUCAUUCCGCACAUCAGCAACAAUCCGAACGACUUCUUCGGCCAGCAGAUCAACCGCAUCAUCGAACAAUGUUCUACUGAUCAUCCGCAUCACACUUUGCCUCUGCUGCUGGCGCUUGUCAACGCUAAUAAAGAUCGCGAAUACACCAAUUCGAAGAAACUGGGCGCUAAUGACCGCAGUGCCACUGCGGUGGCUAUUAUUAAGAAAUUGCGGAAAACCCACUUGCGCAACAUUGUGGAUAGAAUGCUGAAACUAUCGGAGGCCCUCAUUGAAUUGGCCUAUUACGUGCCUGUACUCACCUCUACUCGCAAGAACCAGUUUGAGAUUCCCAACAGGUAUAAAAUCCACGGCAUUAAGCGAUUUGAGGACGUUUUGGUGCCAACUUGCUCAAUUCCUCCCAGCAGGACUAACACAUACAACACCAUUGAAGGUAUAUACAAGUUUGUCCCAAAGUACAAGACAGUGGGCGGAAUUAAUGCACCCAAACGCAUCGAGUGUCUUGGAAUGUCCGGUAAAACGUACCUGCAGCUGGUGAAGGGCCAGGACGACUUGCGGCAGGACGCUGUGAUGCAGCAGGUGUUUCGAAUCAUGACCGAUCUGCUGGCUUCGAACAAACAAACGAAAAGUUUGCAUAUACGCACGUACAAAGUGGUGCCGCUCUCGAUGAGAAGCGGCAUUUUGGAAUGGGUUGCCAACAGUAUGCCCAUCGGCGAUUAUCUGUCUGGGAGCAGCGAGUUGGGCCUGAUUGGGGCCCACAGGGAGUUCCGGCCUAAAGACGAGACGCCCAGUAGAUGUAAAAUGCUGUUUAAGGAUUGCCACCGAAAGUCCAACGAUGUGAAGCUGAGCACUUACCUGGAAAUUUGCGAAGCAAUCCAGCCAGUGUUUCACAAAUUCUUCGAGACUCACUUUAGACAACCGUCGGUCUGGUACGAGCGACGAAGAGCUUACAUUCACAGUGUGGCCACUACCAGCAUGUGCGGAUUCGUGCUGGGACUUGGAGAUCGACACGUUAGCAACAUUUUAAUCGACAAACAAACCGCCGAAGUGAUUCACAUUGAUUUCGGCAUCGCCUUUGAGCAGGGCAAGUGCCUACCGACACCGGAACAAGUACCGUUCCGUCUAACCAGAGACAUAGUGGAUGGAAUGGGCGUGUCGGGCAUCGAAGGUCUUUUUCGCAAAUCGUGCGAAAAAACCAUGGAAGUGUUGCGGUCGAAUGCGCAAAUCAUUCUCACGAUUUUGGAGGUUUUGCUGUACGAUCCGCUGUAUUUUUGGACUGUAUCGGCGGCCGAGGCCACCAAGCGCCAAACCGAAGCGCCCAAUGAAACAUACAAGUCCAUAGCUGAUGAGCUGGAAGAAGAGAACAAAAACGUCUCAGCUGAACGAACUCUACUGCGGCUUCAAGGGAAGCUGCAAGGGACAGAGCAGGGCAAACCAACCAGUAUCGAGCAACAGGUUGGAGCCCUAAUUCAGCAGGCAAUGGAUCCGGCCAACCUUUGUAGGCUUUAUUUCGGCUGGCAACCGUAUUUAUAGUUUUUUUUGUGGAUGUUUUUAUACGUUUUUUUGCAUUUUCUUCUUGUUAUUUGAUAAAUUAAGCGAAUUUUUAUGGAAUUAGCCAGGCACAUUCAUUGUGUGGGUGUGCCUGAUAACUUCCCACAGUAUCCGGCAAUAAUCGCAGGUUUGGCGGACCAGCAGCCGAAUUUAGCCAGUGGAAGUUAACAGUUUUUCCAUUGAACAUGCCGAUUGUUAAUAAAGUGUUUUUCGUA